AUGCAAACUUUCGUCAAAAUAGAGCCGUUAUCGUUUGAGAUUAAACCGUUAGACAAAACUACACUGCCAAGGAAUGAUAGGAAAACUAAAAAAGACCAAAUUAUCGAAAUGGAAAAGCAUUUACAUAAUAUAAGUACGAUUCUACUGAAUACAAAUGCAACGCCUAUUAGAUACCAUGAUGGUGCGAGUUAUGUGUGCGCACUUUGUCCCGAGACUUAUCCAUUGCCAGCUGAAUUGAAACAGCACGUGCUAGAUGAACAUGACGAAAUAGAUAAGUCUUCAUUUAUGGAAGGAAAUCGCCUUAACUCUUACAUGGUCAAACUAGAUAUCACGGACUUAAAAUGUCUCGUCUGCCACAAAGAUAUAGAAAGCUUUGAUCCUCUAUUCGAGCAUCUUACUACCGUGCAUGGAAAGACAAUGCACACGGAUAUCCCAAAUCACAUACUCCCAUUCAGAUUCGUUGCGAACGGUUUCGACUGUGUACAAUGCCCAAAAACGUUCGAACACUUCAAAUUGGUCCAAGAGCACAUGCCCGUUCAUUACCAGAAUUAUAUAUGCGAAACGUGUAGCGCGCCUUUUGUUAAUAAACGAACGUUGCAGAAUCACAACAAUCGCCACAAAAAAGGGGACUUCCCCUGCAGCCAGUGCCCGAAAAUCUUCGACACAAACAGGAAGAAAUUGAAUCACGAAAAAUACGUGCACGCAGGAGAUUAUAAAAGGAAGAAAUGUCCGUACUGUCAGGAGAAAUUUACUAACUACGCGAAGAAGAGGUCUCAUAUGGUUGAGGAACAUGGCGCAGAGCCCUUGUCGGCCAAAUGCGAUAUAUGCCACAAAGUGUUCAGCACUAGGGCCAGAUUGAGGGGUCACACCCGACGUGCUCACAUGGAAUGCACGCACGCAUGCGCAGAAUGCGAUAUGAAGUUUUACACGAAAAUGGAGUUGGUGAAACAUAUGGUUAAGCACAACCCUCUAAGGAAUUACCAAUGCGAUAUUUGCCAAAAGGCCUACGCGAGAAAGAAUACGUUGCGUGAACAUUUGAAGAUUCACGCCAACGUGAGAAAGUUCAAAUGUGAACACUGUGAUAACGCGUUCAUACAAAAGUACAGUUGGAAAUCUCAUAUGCGAAAGAAGCAUAAGAUCAAAAUACCC